GUCAAGGAUAUUUUAGGCAAUGCGUUGCCCAAUUCCACAGGCCACGUCACACGUGGUGCGGCUCUAACCGUAUCGUCCCUGCCCGGUGGGGCCGCGGUCGCGUAGCAGACACCGACGGGCCGUCACGGGCCCUGCUCGCCGCAGACGAUCCAGGGGCCAGGCGGCGCGCGGGUGAUCUCGCCACGGCGCGUUUUGUGUGGCCCGCCCGUGACGGGAGGCGGAAGAGGGAAGAGGCGACGCGACGCGGCUCUAUAAAACCGCGCCUCCAACCAGUACUCCCCCGGCACCCUAGAGAGAUUCUGUUUUCGCACCAGCGCCGGCACAGGCAACGCAGCACCGCACCGAGCCGAGCCACUUAGCGAGCGAGGGAACAGCCUCCACGGCGAGGAGAGAAUGGGGAGAGGAGGGAUCGGAGGCGCGGCGGCCAUGGCCAUGGCCAUGGAGACCGCCGAUCCUGCCCGUGCAUUCGUGAAGGACGUCAAGCGAAUCAUUAUCAAGGUGGGCACGGCUGUUGUCACUGGCAUGAAUGGCCGAUUGGCCAUGGGGAGGCUCGGUUCUCUCUGUGAACAGGUGAAGCAACUGAAUUUUCAAGGGUAUGAGGUGAUUCUGGUAACCUCAGGAGCUGUUGGUGUUGGGAGGCAGAGGCUCCAAUACCGUAAACUUAUCCAUAGCAGCUUCGCAGAUCUGCAAAAUCCUCAGAUGAACUUUGAUGGAAAGGCAUGUGCUGCUGUUGGUCAAAGUGUCCUGAUGGCGAUCUAUGACACAUUAUUUAGCCAACUUGAUGUAACGUCAUCUCAACUUCUUGUGACGGAUCGUGAUUUCAAGGAUCCAAGUUUUGGGGACCAGCUCCGUGAGACUGUUUUUUCACUGUUAGAUCUUAAAGUAGUACCCUUAUUUAAUGAGAAUGAUGCCAUCAGUACCCGGAGACAGCCAUAUGAGGAUUCAUCUGGUAUAUUCUGGGAUAAUGACAGUCUAGCAGCUCUGUUGGCAGCAGAACUUAAUGCUGAUCUUCUUAUCAUGCUUAGUGAUGUGGAAGGACUCUAUAGUGGUCCACCAAGCGAUCCUCAGUCAAAGAUUAUCCACACAUAUGUCAAUGAAAAGCAUGGGAAGCUAAUUAGUUUUGGAGAGAAGUCUAGUGUUGGAAGAGGUGGCAUGCAAGCUAAAGUGUCUGCUGCUGCUAAUGCUGCAUCAAAAGGUGUACCUGUUGUCAUUGCAAGUGGGUUUGCAACGGAUAGCAUCAUUACAGUUCUCAAAGGCGAAAAGAUCGGUACACUUUUCCACAACGAAGCAAAUUUGUGGGCAUGUUCCAAGGAAGCUACAGCCCGAGAGAUGGCAGUUGCGGCAAGAGACUGUUCGAGGCGUCUACAGAAGUUGUCAUCAGAGGAACGCAAACAGAUUUUGCUAGAUAUUGCUGAUGCUCUGGAAGCAAAUGAGGAUGCAAUUAGGUCUGAAAAUGAUGCCGAUGUUGAGGCAGCACAAGUUGCUGGUUAUGAAAAGUCGUUGGUUGCUAGGAUGACCCUAAAGCCAGGAAAGAUAACAAAUCUUGCAAGAUCCAUUCGUAAAACUGCUGACAUGGAGGACCCUAUUUCCCAUACAUUGAAAAGAACAGAGGUUGCUAAAGAUCUGGUUUUUGAGAAAGCAUAUUGCCCAUUGGGUGUUCUUCUCAUUAUUUUUGAGUCUCGUCCUGAUGCAUUGGUCCAGAUUGCAUCUCUAGCGAUCCGAAGUGGUAAUGGUCUCCUUUUGAAAGGAGGGAAAGAAGUUAUGAGAUCAAAUGCAAUAUUACACAAGGUCAUAACUGGAGUUAUUCCCGAUACUGUUGGCAAAAAGCUCAUAGGCCUUGUGACUAGCAAAGAGGAAAUUGCUGAUCUACUAGCGCUUGAUGAUGUAAUUGAUCUUGUCAUUCCGAGAGGUAGUAAGUCUCUAGUUUCCCAAAUCAAAGCAACAACUAAGAUUCCAGUUUUAGGUCAUGCUGAUGGUAUCUGCCAUGUUUACAUUGACAAAUCAGCCGACAUGGAUAUGGCAAAACGGAUAGUAUUGGAUGCUAAGAUUGAUUAUCCAGCAGCAUGUAAUGCAAUGGAAACACUACUUGUUCAUAAAGAUCUUAACAAGAGUGAGGGACUUGAUGAUCUAUUAGUGGAACUUGAAAAGGAAGGAGUAGUUAUUUAUGGUGGACCUGUUGCACAUGACAAGUUGAAAGUACCAAAGGUAGACUCAUUUCGUCAUGAGUAUAGCUCAAUGGCAUGCACAGUCGAAUUUGUUGAUGAUGUGCAGUCAGCUAUCGAUCACAUAAAUCGUUAUGGAAGUGCACACACAGACUGCAUCAUCACAACUGAUAGAAGUGCUGCAGAGGCCUUUCUGCAGCAAGUUGAUAGUGCCGCUGUGUUUCAUAAUGCAAGCACAAGGUUUUGUGAUGGGACGCGUUUUGGGCUAGGUGCUGAGGUUGGCAUAAGUACAGAGCGCAUACAUGCCCGCGGACCUGUUGGAGUUGAUGGACUUCUAACUACUCGCUGCAUUUUGCGCGGUAGUGGACAAGUGGUGAAUGGUGACAAGGGAGUGGUUUACACCCACAAGGAUCUUCCUUUGCAAUGAGGCAAAUAACCUCCGUUGUGGUCGUAACGAAUGGCUGGACUCCCCUUUUAAGUACCCUUUUCUUUUAUUCCAUGCUACAAAGUUUGGUGUCGUAACAAGCAGAAUGCCUAUUUAGUAGGCAUUGAUGUAAUCAGACCAUUUUGUCGUGGUGUUCCUUGUCGUAUAAAACAUCCGAGACAUCUGUAUUAGAGGCGCGGUAGCUAGUUGAUACGCGAUUGUUCUGGAUGAAAUUUGGAUCUGUUCCAAUGCAAUGAUAAUGCAUGUGUGAUGAGGUCCUAAAAA